UAUUUUACCUGGUUUGCCCCUUUUGUAACACAGCAACAGCGUUCUGACUUAGUUCCAAUGACUUCUGAGUAUCAAUUUUUAAGAUUACACAUCAUUAUAGCCGAGGUUCUUAGGGACAUGGUCCAGAGGUAGACUCGAUGACCUUAGAGCUCUUGGGGCGAUAAGAGCUUCCCGGCUUUCCCCCAGCGGCUCCGCGGGAGGCAAAGUUCCAGGAGCCAGGGGAUUUAUUGUCGUGGCCCGACUGACACAACUGUGAAGCCGAACCUCAGCGCACAAGCCGGGCUCGCACAGAGCCCUUGGUGGCUGCAGCAGGGACCCCCCUGCAGGGACCCCGGCGCCGGUGGCCCCCGCAGGACCGGUGCCUCCCCCGGGCCGCCCGCACUGCGCAGGCCCGCGACGGGGCGGCCAUGUGGGUGUUCGGCUACGGCUCCCUCAUCUGGAAGGUGGAUUUCCCCUACGAGGAGAAGAUGGUGGGGCGCAUCCAGGGUUACAGCCGCCGCUUCUGGCAGGGCAGCACCGACCACCGCGGCGUGCCGGGCAAGCCUGGACGAGUUGUGACUCUGGUUGGCGAUCCUGAGGGCUGUGUAUGGGGUGUCGCUUACAGAUUGCCGGCUGGACAAGAAUGUGAAGUGAAGGCCUACCUGGACUUCAGAGAGAAAGGAGGCUACAGGACUACAACUGUUGUUUUCUACCCCAAAGACUCGUCAGUAGAGCCGUUUGAUGUCUUGUUAUACAUCGGCACUCAUGAGAACCCUAACUACCUUGGUCCAGCACCGCUAGAAGAAAUUGCUGAACAGAUUUUUAAUGCCGUUGGGCCUAGUGGAAGAAACACGGAGUACCUGUUUGAACUCGCUGAUUCUAUCAGAAGUCUCGUACCAGAAGAUGUAGAUGAGCAUCUCUUCUCCUUAGAGAAACUAGUGAAGGGACUCUUGGAAAAGCAUAAGAACCUAAAUUGUCUAUAAAAUAACGUCUUAAUGAUCUUGCUUCAUCUUCAGAGGCACGGUUUCAUUGCACAAUGGGUAUAUGACUUGGAGGCAUGUUUCUCAGUACUGCGCUCUCUUAUUUAUUUUAACAGUGCAUUCAAAAUAGUAGUUGGUCAUUAAAACACACUCUUUCAGGAGUCUAUAGAAAGGGGAGCAGAGGAAGUGGUUUAGCUUUGAAUUUGGUAUAUUGGGUUUUUAUCCAAAGAUUACAUCUUUAUGAAAAUCUCAAGAGAACCAUUUAAGCUUCUCUUUGCUUGAAGAUUCAUUUUUUAAAUUACAGUUUCAGGUUUUAAAUAAAUCUUUAGAAUAUUUUUAAGAUCAAAAUCUGCAUUCAGAUAUAACUCUUACUGAUUCAAGUGAUAGUUCUUUCUGAUUCAAGACCACAGACGUGGAGGCCAGUGCAGCUAGAGAGAUAAAUGUUAAGUAGCUGUUGUAAACUGCAUAGUAAAUGCAUAGUAGAACAUUUAUAUAAUCAACGUUCAGCUUUGCAGAAAUUAAGUUAUUCCACUGAAGUAGUCAUCUUACCCUUUAUACAUUUGUCUAAAUACAGAGAAUAAACUGUUUCAUUGUCAAGGAAAUAAUUAUUUUCCUUGGCUGUUUAUGACAAGCCCCUGACACCAAAGCAGGGGAUACUUCGACACAAACAAGCCAUAACACAUCAGUGCCUCAUUUUAUUUCUUUAGAUUAAUUAAAAGAAUAAAGCAAUUAUGCUAAAAUUACCUGAGAAUAGGACUUGAAGCCACAAUGCAGCACGAAUGUUCAGAAACUCCCAUCUUUGUUAUUUGCCUUUAGAUGCUGUUGUGUCCCCAUCUCUUAAAAAAUUCACCAGUUCUUUAGGAUAGAUUUUAAGCCAGUAAUUUUCAGCCACUGUUUUAGGGAUUCACAGACAAAAGGUAAUUAAGAAAGGAACCCUGUUUUCAGAAAACUUGUGUGUGUUAUAUGGACAUCCAAACAAAGAGCAUUAGAAAGCCACCAGGUUAGGCUGGUAGCUUAAUUCAUGCUAAACAUGGGGAAAUGGAGCUGCCAGCCCAACAAAGACUUGACUUGGUUUCAAAAAUUUAAGUUAUUUUAACAAAGUAUAUUUUUGUAUGUUAAUAUAGGAAAGGUCCUAUUUCAAACACCUCGUAGCAUCACAUUUUCUCAGGCAGAGAAUGUUUAAGUGUUUAGUACUAUCUUGGAAGCCUAUAUUUUGCGUCAGUAAUUGCAAAACCCAUAUGUUUCUCCUAUAAGUUUGUCCCUUUCUCAUCUUUACACUUUCAUAUUUUAUAUUUGUAAUUGCUUGAAAAUACCAGGGUUAUCAAAAUACCAAGCUGCUAAUAUUUUAUUUGGCCACCUACAAAAGCCAACAAGAACAUAAAUGAAUGUUAAUGGGAAAAGUUUGAGAAAGGCAGCUAGAUAAGUAGAAAAUAGAAUAUUAAAAUGAAAACCUUAAUUUGAGAUAAAAGGACCACUUGAAAUAUUUCAGCAAGAAAGCUGUUAUUUUUUACAUACCAUAAUUUUAGUGUACCUCUGGCAUCUCUCAAGCAUUGAUUAAUUGAGGAUUAAAAGAAAAUGUAUUCCUUUUUAAAAGCUACUCUUUACUAUAAAUAAUUGAAAGCCACUAGGAGUACAUGAUAGGGUAUCACUUAACGGGCUACUCUAAACUGCAAAAGCAAAUCCUCUCAUCAUAUUAGCAAAAUAAUCAUAUGUACUGAGGCCCCGAUUUUCCAUUAGUACACCUGAAUAAAUAUUCUGCAAAAGUCUUGCUUCUGUGCUGGCCUAAGACUGACAUAAGUGAGCGGAAAAGCAAGCCCAGCUAAUCUGGCUGUAUAGCAGGAGGGAGGUGGGAUCAGAACUUCAGGUGUCUGUAUGUAACGGCAGUCGCUGAGAUGCCCGAAGCUGGAGUUGUUUGAGCAUCUUCAGAAACCACAGACGGGCAGUGAUAACCAUCACCCAAAUCAGCAUUAAUGAACAUCGUUACAUGUGCAUUUAAUUCACCUUGACUUAAAGCCUAAGUCUUAAGUGUUACUGGAUACUUCACUGUUACUAAAAAUGUUACGUAUGGUUUAUUUCAAGAAUAUUGAAGUGUUGAAUAGUACCUUCAAGAAAACCCAACCAACAACAGCACUUACUCUCUUGUGCUUCCCUCAGAUUUAAGCAAGCUAUAGUAGAGUUAAAACACGUCCACUCUAUGCGGUUUUUUAAAUUAUUUCCUCAAAUGGUUAUCCCUGUUCAUUAAAACAGGGUGGGGGGUACUUACUGAUGAUCCAAACCCAUCAGUGAUUCCCUCUUUAACACUGUAUCUAAGCACUGUGGUGGGGCAUUGUGCUUAUAUAUCUUUAAUUAUAUUCAGGACCUUGUUGGUCCAUUUGCUUUCCAGAUCCAGAAAACUUGCAAUAAUAUUUGUAAUGAUCCACUCCAGUUUGUGCAUAUAAGUUCGGUACAAUAAAACUGAAUCACAUUUA